GUCCAUUCACGCUUGUUUUAACAAAAGUUUGCAUCAAAAACUUUUAUUUGCUGAAUGAAAUAAUACAAAUAGUGAUGACAUUUUAGUGUUCAAGUGAUUUAAAGUUGUGUUUCUUGUAAACAAAAAAACGUGCCAUGAUAUAUGUCGCGUGCAAAACGAUCCCGUAUCAAAAACUGGAUUUUGUCAUGAUUUGACCGAGGAAAUCCCGAAAAUGUCUCAUCCGGAUGUGACGUCAGCGCCAAGUUCUCCCACCCCGGAAGCAUGUCCAGAAUGCGACGCAACUGCUUCUGUAACUUCAGAUCUGCACAAGUACCAAGUGGCCUGUACUUGCAAGCCGUCAUCGGCACAGUACGCUAGCGCUGACGACCCUGGGGCUCCUCCACCAGCGAAGAUUGACACGCCGCCUGCCCUACCACCCAGACCUCCUACAAGCGUCCUUGCUUCCACCAGAAGAACCAAUGCAUCAGUGGGAUGCAACAAUGAAGCAAGUGGUCGUCGUAGAAAGUACGCCUGGUGGUGCGUCGGCUGCGGCGCCUUGGCAGCGGCUCUCGGAGGCCUGUUGGCUGCCCAGCAUAUCCUACUGAGGGCCUAUACAGCAUCACCGCAGCAUCUGGAGACGGUGCCGGCGGCUGUACCGGCGGCCAUGUUGGUGUUGACCGGCGUCUGCAUCAUGAGCCUCGCGCGGCGGAGGAACCGUUACAGCUACAUGGUAAGAAAAAUCAAAGUUGUGGGCGCUUGCUGUCUGGUCUGCGCCUUGACUUGCGUCCUAGUGACCAUAACGACAACUGUAAUACAUAUGAACAAAUUGCAGACGCUGAAGUCUUGCGAGUAUACCAAGCUGACCCGUACCUGCACUUGUUAUUCGAUGCUACCAGGCACCCAGCACAGCGGCAGCGAAGAUGACGGGGUCCGCUGUGUCUUCGAAGGCGUCACGGACUGCGGCGUGGUUCACGGCGCGCUGUACUGGUGCUUGAGGGGAGUCUUCGCCCUCUCAGUCAGCGCUGUGCUCGUCUGCAUCUUCAGCUGCAUGCUGGCUUAUCAACUACUGAGUCACGAACGAAAGAAAAUGUACUGGGAGCAGUUAGAAUUGAGAUGCCGUUCGCUGUAUCGGCCGCCAAUGGGACAGCCCACCCCCACCGCCGGCAGAUCGGCUCAAGCUAAUUGCGGCUGCUGUGCUCAGUGUCACCCCACCCAGCAGGCCUGGGAUAUCAGCUUGCAGCACAGAUUUUGGGCGCCAGGACGCAUCGGGAACCUGUACUCGCCCAAUCCUGGCGCCGGGAGGAAGACCUCGGCCUGGAGCUGGUUCCCUUGGCCCAGGAGUAACAGCCAGAAUUCUAGAUGUCGUAUGGGAGGAGUCCCGCAGUCCGGCGACAGCGCCUACGGUUUCUGCGAGGGCGAAGCCCCGGGUGCUCCGCAAUUCGAGCCGGCGUUCCAGAGGCCGAACUACCCCCAGAAUUUCGCUCAUCAACAGAGUUUCACGCAGAGCGAGUCGUCGGUGGGCACGGUCGCGGAGGGGGCGGCGUGGGGCCCCCCGCCCCCCUACAGCCCGCACGGCCGGCCCGCACACAGGCAUCACCUUCACCAUCAGGACCCGGCCGCGGCGACCCUCCUCCACCACCACCACCACGACGUCCACAGGCCGGCGCACGAUCACGCCAACGUACAGACGCACGCGUGCUCCAGAAACUCGUAUCUGAUGCACGGCGCGCCGACAAACGACAUUGACCGGUUAAAUCCGGACGCGAACCGGAUGAAUCCGGAUCUGCACCGGCUCAAUCCGGAUCUGGGGCACGCGUACGUGGCGGAAAUGGCCCGGAUGCAAGCGGACGUGACGCAUCUGCCCCCGGAGGCGAGGUUCAACACUCUAAGAGGGCAUCUGGUGCCGUACCGAUGUCAGAGGCUGGGGGUCAGCGCCAGUAACCUGCACAGAGACUGCAGGAUGGACGAUAACAUUGCCAUUGAAUGCGUCCACCAGAAAAGCGGCAGUAGAGUUUCCGACCAGAGCAGCGACUCUUGCCAGAAGCAAGGGAAAGAGAACUUGGGCUUCCAGAAUGACAAACAUUCGCCUAUAAGAUCGUCAAUGCAGGAUUGUCGGAACACCAACCUGAACACCGAGUCGGAGGUGUACUUUGCAGACGUGUCGAGCUGCUGCAACGUGUCCGUUAAGGCGGACUGCUGCGUGAAUCCGAACGUGUCCGCUCUGGUGGGCACCAUAGAGAACCACCCGGAGUCCACGUCCGAAUCAGACACCGGGUCCUUCACGCUGACCCGGCAGCAGCGACCCCAGCCGCAGGUCGGCUCCAAGCGCCGGCCACGCGCUACCCAGCACGCGAAGGUACAAGAGAAGAUGCGCGUCAACAAUCCCGUGCGCCUCACCGAGCAUCAAAUAGACCAGCUCAACGCUAUGAGGAUAAACGACCGAGAUCGAAUGAACGAGAAUAGAAUGAGCGAACGAAUGAACGACUCGAGGGACCGACUUAACGUCUGCGAACGAGUCGACGCUAGGAUCUGUGAACGAAUCAACGAUUCCAGAGAUCGCUUGAACGAAUUGAACGAUUGCAGAUUCGAUAGAAACGAUUGUAGAAUGAGCGAACGCGCAAAUGAAGUGAGAUUGAAUGAGAUUAGAGUUUGUGAUAAAGUCAGUGACGCCCGCCACGGCGAUAGGAUCGAAAGAUUUAAUGAAUCCAGAAUAAGUGAUAAAAUGAACGAUUCCAGACUUAGCGAUCGAUUCGAACGAAUGAAUGACUCUCGUAUCGGUGAUAAAAUGAACGAAUCGCGUCUGUCCGAGAGGUUCGAACGAAUGAACGAUCCGAGAAUGAGCGAUAAGAUGAACGAUUCGCGACUAAGCGACCGGAUAGAACGAAUCAAUGAGUCGCGAGUGAGCGAUAAAUUGAACGAUACGCGCCUGAGCGAGAGAAUGGAACGAAUGAACGAAACAAGAAUGAGUGACCGGAUCGAACGUGUGACCGAUCCUCGCAUGUCUGACCGUUUCGAUCGAAUGGCAGACCUAAAUUCGAGCAUCCGAAUCGAAGGGAGCCCUAGGUCUAGAUCACACAUGAGCCCACUCAGGAUGCCUAAGGAGCACCCCAGACAAUCCAGCUCAGACUCGAAGGAAUUCUUCGCUCAGCCAAUCUCGCCUCUAUCCCCUAAAACAGAAGAGUCGUUAUUGUCUGACGACGACCGCAGCCCGGAUCAGGUGUAUUCGAACAGUCCGGAAACUUCUAAAUGCCUGGGCCCGGAUUCUCAGUACGAACCGGUCCGCGAUGGCAAAGAGGAGAUCCUGAAGACAAACCACCAUCAUUGUUAUAGCGACACGAACACUAUGGACUCUGGUUGGCAGAGCGGCUCCGAGAAGCAAGUCACCGACUAGAGAUGAAUUUGGACAACAAAAAAAAAAUACCUUGAAAAUUACGUUCAAAGAUUCAAUUCCACAGAUACAAUAAAAACUCUUUAUUCGCGCUUCGUUCAUUCGCGUUUUCAAUAAUCGCGAAUUUAAAAAAAUGCGACCCAUUCGCGGAUGAAGAUUUCUUUAUUCGUAAAUCUAAUCGGUAUAACAGUGCAUACAUAUUGAUAAAUAGAAUUUCGGUACUUUUUGGCGGGAACGCGAGUAGUGAAGUUGUGUGAUUUGUUUUAUUUUGUCUAUUUAGUGUUUCUUCAGGUUUAAAUGCGUAAUAACGGUGGUUUAUUAACCUGUUUAGUAUCUGUGAAAGUGCACAAGUAUGGGAAAAAACUACUUGUUGCGAUGCCAGUGUUGCCAGUGUUGAGUUUAUAAAAAAUAAGUAUUCGGUUAAAUGAAAGAUCUAACAAGACGAUAUGAAACGAAAUGUGAUGAAGUUGAUUUAUUUGAGCUUUGAAUGUUUUGGGAUGAAAUUCAAUGGAAACGUAAUGAGAUUAAGGCUCAAUAAAUUAGUCGUUAUUUACUGAGACUUCAGUGGAGGUUUUGAAGGGAUCCAAAGAAGCUAGUGUCCAGUG